UGUCCGACCCCCUCCUCCAUGUGAAACGCGCUAAACACCGCAACCCGAACCCUUUAAAUUCUUGUGUCCUAAACCUGUAAGACUGAACUGCAGACGCCCUAUGAUGCCGACCUGUUGGUUUCUACUGUAAGGUUUGUUUUGUUUUUUGUUUUUGUUUUUUUAGUUUUUGGAGGAAAUUCCCCAGUGUGUUGGAUCACCGCUUCAUGCGCUCACGCAGGGUUUAUAAGGGCGUGUGUAACCUCUCCCCUGUGACCUCUGAACCCGGGCCGAAGUUCUCCCUCCCCCUCCCCUUCCCUCCCCUCCCUGAGGCCAAACUGUCAUCGAUGGCGUUGGAGAAGCUUCUGCGUUUCGGGAAGCAGCUGCUGAGGGUGAAGGUGGUGAACUGUAACUCAGAGGAUUCUCGUCUGUCCCGAUGCCUCAACACAUUCGACCUGGUGGCCCUGGGCGUGGGCAGCACACUGGGCGCUGGAGUGUAUGUGCUCGCCGGUGCUGUGGCUCGAGUAAACUCAGGGCCUGCUAUUGUGCUGUCUUUUCUCAUCGCUGCCUUAGCGUCAGUGUUGGCAGGUCUGUGCUAUGCUGAGUUUGGAGCUCGUGUUCCUAAAACAGGCUCAGCAUAUUUGUACUCAUAUGUGACUGUAGGGGAACUAUGGGCCUUCAUCACUGGAUGGAAUCUCAUCCUCUCCUAUAUUAUUGGUACCUCUAGCGUGGCCCGUGCAUGGAGCGCUACCUUUGAUGAGUUAAUAGGGAAGCACAUAGAGCAUUUCUGCAGACAGUACAUGUCCAUGAAUGCACCAGGUGUAUUAGCAGAAUACCCUGACAUGUUUGCUGUUCUCAUCAUAAUCACCCUCACAGGUCUGCUGGCAUUUGGGGUGAAAGAGUCAGCAAUGGUGAACAAGGUGUUUACUUGUAUCAACAUCCUAGUCUUGUUGUUCAUGGUGAUUUCUGGCCUCGUCAAAGGCACGUUAAAAAACUGGCAGAUAGACCCUGAUGAGAUUCUACGUGGAAAUUACACAAGUGACUCCAGCAACAAUUUAACAGACAUCCUUCCAACCAAAGAGAGUUUAGGAGAGGGUGGCUUCAUGCCGUUCGGUUUCACAGGCGUCUUGUCUGGAGCUGCUACCUGUUUCUACGCCUUUGUGGGAUUUGACUGCAUCGCCACCACAGGUGAAGAGGUGAAGAACCCUCAGAGAGCCAUCCCUAUCGGUAUCGUAUCCUCUCUGCUCAUCUGCUUCGUGGCGUACUUCGGUGUUUCUGCUGCCCUCACCCUCAUGAUGCCAUACUACCUGCUGGACAGCAACAGCCCUCUGCCUGUAGCCUUCAAAUAUGUGGGAUGGGGCGGGGCCAAGUACGCCGUGGCUGUCGGCUCUCUUUGUGCUUUGUCCACAAGCCUGCUGGGUGCUAUGUUCCCCAUACCUCGUGUCAUCUGGGCUAUGGCUGACGAUGGGCUGCUUUUCAAGUUCAUGGCUGAGAUCAGCCCCCGCACCAAAACCCCGCUAACUGCAACCCUAACCUCAGGCGCAGGGGCAGCUAUCAUGGCAUUUCUGUUUGACCUGAAGGACCUCGUGGACCUGAUGUCAAUAGGGACGCUGCUGGCUUACACAUUAGUGGCUGCCUGUGUCCUGGUUCUCAGGUACCAGCCUGAGCAGCCCAGUGUGGUGUAUCAGAUGGCCAGUACUCAGGAGGAGGCGGAGCUUAGUGACGGCAUCAGUGUCCCCAGUAUGGGCAUCUUGCCUGGCGUGGAGGAGAGGCUUAGUUUCAAAACCGUCCUGUUUCCAGACAACUCUGAGCCGUCAACGCUGUCGGGAUUCACCGUUAACAUCUGCGCCUCCGUCUUGGGUUUGCUGAUUCUAGUGUUCAGUGUACUGGCAGUGCAGGGUGGUAAGGCUGUGUGGAAUAUCAUAACCCUCACUGUCAUCUUCAUGGUGUGUCUCCUCCUUAUCUUUGUCAUCUGGAGACAACCAGAGAGCAAGACAAAACUGUCCUUCAAGGUUCCUCUCCUUCCCUUCAUCCCAGUCAUAAGCAUGUUUGUCAAUGUCUACCUGAUGAUGCAGCUGGACAAGGGAACCUGGGUACGGUUUUCAGUCUGGAUGGCUAUUGGUAUGGUGAUCUACUUUUGCUACGGUAUUCAUCAUAGUAAUGAAGGACUCAUGAACAGAUCCACUCCAGAUGCAGAGAUGGAGAUCUUCAAGCCUGAUCAUGAAUUAGAGUCCAUGUCAACAGAAAAAGAAGCCUUCCUUCACAGCGGCACUGAACUCCUGGAGGACGAUGAGUGAGAGUUUUGACAAACCACUGGAAAAUUCUGCAUACAGUUUAAAGUUCCCUGGCCCAGUCUGUCACUAAAGUAUUUUUGACAUGACAAUUUCCAGUCUGUCACUCAAUACGCCCUGUAGGGAGUUGAAAGAACAUUGAAUAACUCUGACCUAAAAAUCACAAAAUUGUGACUGGAGUCUCUCAUUUUCUGGGUUGAAUGUAGUGAAACAUGCAAGAAAAAAAAAAAAAAAAAACCUGAGUUGUAACAAAUGAAAUGUUCCAUUGUUCUAGUUUUAAAAUGAGCCUAUCGCUUGGCUUUA